GUGAGCAUAGUCUUCUAAUGGGUCACUAGAGUCUAGGCCACAUUCUACUAAUUUUUCCAGUUUGGAAGUUAGACAAAAUGCUAACGACUUGCAGAGAAAACAGUUACAGGCAAACACAAGGCAAUCGGAGAUGGCAGACUUCACCCCAUUCAUGCAACAAUCCUCUGUCGGUCUACAUGUGUAACUGAUUGUGGCGCAACGUUAAAGUGUGUGAUUCCAGAUUAAGAGGUUGGGUAUUCAAAUCCAAGUUAGUGUCAAAAUUCUUGCUGUUGCUCAUAUUAGCAAGCCAGUGCAGAAACACAGACACACACACAGAGUCACCAAAAAUGAUACUGUCACCCUGAAUAUAAUCCUUAUGCACAUUAAGGUCCCACGUGGACAUGCUGGGCUCUGGGUUACAGGCAAUUUUAUACGCAUUCCUGAUGGCAGCAGCUGAAAGGCAUGAUUGAGGUCAUGUGUCAGAUGUCAUACAUAGAUAAUAAUUUAAUUUGCCUCCUCGUUGUCGUUGUUGCUGGAGAAAAUGUUCCGUAAGCAACAGAAGAAACUUCCAAGUAUAUUUCCACAAAGGAAAUUCAGACCAAGUCAAAGCAAAUAAAUGAGAAAGUUAAAAAAGCUCAGAACACAUGUACAUGUAGAGGGUGUGGUGGGGUUGUUGGUGUGGUGGGUGUACCAGCAGAAGUGUGUGACGGAGUGACACAGUGUGAGUGUCACAUGUCACCAGUUUGACACCUCCACUGCUUCCUCGCACAUAAACACACACACACACACACACUCUGGAGGAGACAGACCACGACAUGGCGACGGGUGACAGCUUCGACUCAUGGCUCAACCAGGCCACAGACCCAAACAACCAGGUGGACAGGUGGGACUGCAUCCAGGGCUUCUACCAGCUCGUCAACAAAGAGCUCGAUGGGCCACAGGUCGCCAUUCGCCUUCUUGCUCACAAAAUCCAGUCCCCACAGGAGAAAGAGGCUCUGCAGGCGCUCACUGUUCUCGAGGCGUGCAUGAACAACUGUGGAAAGAGGUUCCACUGCGAGGCCGCCAAGUUUCGGUUCCUGAAUGAACUCAUCAAAGUGUUAACACCAAAGUACUUUGGAGCGUGGACUCCUCAGAAGGUGAAGGACAGAUUGACAGAGGUUCUCUACGGCUGGACGCUGUGGCUGAAGGACGAGCCCAAGAUUCAGGAAGCGUACGGCAUGCUGAAGAAACAAGGGAUUGUGAAGGAAGAUCCCAAACUGCCAGACACACUUAUCAUCGCUCCACCUCCACAGAGAACCACAGAGUCUGUUUUUGACCAGGAGGACAAAGCCACACUCUUAGCCAGACUUCUAAAGAGUGGCCGUGCUGAAGACCUGGAAACUGCAAACAGACUCAUUAAAAGCACCAUCAAGGAGGAGCAGGAAAAGGCAGAGAAAGCACUGAAGCGUGAAUCCACCCUAAAAGAGGUGAAGAGUUGUUCCAUGGAGCUUAGAGAGCUCCUGAACCGGCACACCGUCACUGGAACCUCGCUACCGCCGAGUGAUGACAUGAAGACUCUGUACGAGCGCUGUGACCGGUUGAGGCCCAGCCUGUUCCGUCUGGCCAGCGACACGAUGGAGGACGACGCCGCACUGGCACAGAUCCUGGCAGCUAACGACGAGCUGACGCUCACAGUGAAUGCCUACAAAGACGGCCUAGGGAGAAAAGAGUGCAACGGUGGAAGAGAGAGAAGUAAAAGUGAAGAGGAAGCGAAGAGUAAAAACAGCAGUACUCCCACGAGUCCCAGAGAGAUUAAGAGCUACCAUCUCAUCGACCUGUCGGCACUGGACUCUCCUCAGUCUCACAGAAAAGCAGAUUCACCACCGCCCUUUGAAUCGCCUUCACUGCAUCCCUCCUUUCACCUGGAGAACGCCGUCCACUUAGUACCCACAAAAAAUCCCACUAAAUUAGACAACAAAGUGUCCAAUCAGACUCGAGAGACGACAAAGUCGUACUACAAGGAGCUAAUGCAGUUUAAUGAAGACUUUGAGAAGAAUGAUGAGCAGGAUGCGGGGAGGGGCCUGCUGCGAGCUCGAGGAUGUGGAGGAAACGGCGUCAUAUCAAACGGGACUGUUACUGGCUUAUCUUGUCCUGUCAAGUCGUUCCCUCAAAUUCAUCAGUUCACCAGCGGAAUGAAUGCAGUGUCAGUGGAGAACACAUCUGCAUCUGCACUGCAAUCCCUGAGACACGUCUUUGUUCCAGUGGACUCCAUCAGAUCCAGUCACCUGGAGCCCAUCACGUUAUACGAUCAGGGUGGUGUCCACGUCUCUCUCCAUUUCGCCAAAGACUCCCCGCCGGGUUGUCCAGAUGUUGCCGUGGUCGUCAUAUCCACAGUAAACACCUCUGCCUUUGAUGUGAAAGACCUCACAUUUCAAGCUGCCGUUCCUAAGACCAUGUCGGUGAGACUUCAGCCUGCCUCAGGGACACAUCUACCUCCGUACAACCCUCUCCUGCCUCCACCUGCCAUCUCCCAGGUCGUCCUACUGGCCAAUCCUCAGAGGUGUAAGGUGCGUCUACGCUACAAGCUGACACUGACUCAUGGAGACCAACAGCUGCUCGAGACCGGAGAGAUUGACAACUUCCCAGACUGGAAGUCUUUCCACUGAAUAAAAUCUCACACUGGAUUAAACAACAACAACAACAAAAAAACUCUGCACCUGAGACCUAAGAACCUAGAUUUUAAUACAGUUAAACCUCAGGUGUGUUUAUUGAACCCCUGAUUCAGAUAUUGAGUAUUCUGCACUUGUCUUACAUAGUCGUAGCAGGUACUAUCGCUAAUGGAAAAGCAAAAUAACCGUGUCAUGCUGAGGCGAGGCGAAACCAUGUAGUGGAACAGCGGCAUUAGUCUGCUGUUGCUUUUUUGCAAAUUGCUGCUGUUGAUAAACUGGUAUAUUUAUCAUACAGAUAUGUGUAUGUCGCUGGUUACAUCUGCAUGUGAAACUGGAAACAUCUUUGUUUAUCUUCAAUACGUAUUUAUUAAGUUCUGUCUUUUUUUUCCCCCCCCAAAAAAGGUAUUGUGUAGUGAAAAGAGUUCAGACUCCCUGGUGAUGCUUUUGAGCUGCUCAUGACUAAGAACCACACAUUUUGCGUAGAUUUGACGUUUCAGCCUUCAGUUCAGAAACGUUGUGUCACUCCUACUUGACGCGUGCUGGCAAUCACAACAAUUAGCCUCCACCUGUGGGGAGGGAGCAGUCAAUCAUACAUCAGGAAACACAGUGUACAAAUAUUUUUUUUCUAAUAGAUGUGCACACAUACGUGUCAUAAAUACUUUUUUAACUCUAGAACAAUGCAUCAAAAAGAGAAAAGAAACCACCACAGUGUUCAGUCCAUGUGUUUCAAGUUAGGGAGGGAUAUUUUUUUCAGUACCAAUAUCUCUUUCAGCUUCUUGGAUCAUCUGCCUCCAUCUUGUGUCGUCUUCUGUUACACCAACUGUCCUCAUGUCCUUCUUCACAGCAUCCUUAAACCUUCUUCUGUGGUCUUCCUCCUGCUCCAUCUUCAACAUCCUUUGUCCUUGCUCUGCUUGUGAUCGAACUGUCUCAACCUUGCCUCUCUUUAUUUUAUUUCCAAACCAUUCUUCAAACCUUCCUACUGGACAGUUCAUGGUGCUUCUGUGUUCUGUAUUUCAUGCUUUUCAUGCUCUACUUCCAACUUAUGACUUACCACAAGGGCACAAGUAAUGAGAUUGAUGAGCAACCCAGACAUAAUUAUUCCUUUUAUAGGCAUUUCUUUGCCCCUAUGACGACGUUUGAAGCUGCUGCAACAAUAAGUGUAAUUGCUUUGGCUCCAACAUCAGGAGUUAGGUGUUAAAGUCUUUUAAAGUCCUUGUAGCAGCUUCAGUAAGAAGAGAUUUUUGAUGUCUUCUUUGCUGAAAAUUGUUCAUAAUUGCGUUCAAUCUACACAAUCUGGUCAGAAUCCGCUCACAUCUCGCAAUGUGGCUUUUGCCAUUUCUUUUUUUGAUGCAUAGUUGUACAGUUAAAAGAUAAUUUUUGUAUUUUUGUUUCUACUCAUGUUUAACAGUCAAGUAAGCGGUGAUUGAUUGCUCCCUCCCAACAGGUGGAGGGUUAAUUUUUGUGAUUGCCAGCACACGUGUCAAGUCGGAGAGACCGGCAGUAUUAAUGAGUACCAGUUAACAUUGCAGUGUUCCAGAUCACAAAGGCCUGGAAUCCAAAAGGUCGUCAUUUUAAGUAAAAAUCUUUUUUUCUUUUGCCUUAAGGAAUUACCAGUAUCUGUGUAUACUUUCAAAUGUUUUUUCAACAUGUGAUGAUGCCAUUUGAAGAAACACCUGAGUCUAAUGCAGUAAGAAAAAACCUACAUCCUCUAAACCAUUGAGUCAAUUGUACAUAAUAAACUGCCAACUAAGUGUUUCAAAAGCCUCUUUCACACUAAAUUACGACGCUUUACCUGGGAUUUUUGGAUUUUUGAAUCACCCCUGGAAACGUGGUUCAACCAAUCCCACUUUGGAGCCUUACAGUGACAUCAUAAUUUAACGUAGAGACGUGCAUGAAACAACUAACCCUGUGUGCUGCUUUCACUUUCAUAUGACUUGCAGUUUUUAUUAAAAUCCCCUAAAAGUG